AAUUAAUACAUUUUAAAUUUUUUAAAUAAGUAUGCAACUACUUUAAUAMUUUAGCUACUAGCUGCCAUUAAAAAGCCUAUAGUUCAAGUUGAUGGUAGUUUUGUAGUUUUUGUAUCUUGGUUUUGUUUCUAUAAGAUGUUAUAAUAGUCGUCUUACUUAGUGAAUAAGUAAGAUUCUUGAUAAGAAAAACUAUAUGUUUUACAAUGUUGUGUUCUAACAAUAUUUUGUAUUUUGUGCGAUUCUUGAAAUAAUGAUUAGGCUAAGUAAACUUUUAUAGAAACUGCGGCUACAAUCGACUUAAACGAUGGCCACUGUUAUAGCCAUCGAUCUGUCUGUGUCUAUGCUCAGAGACAUUAAAAUCAAAGAUACCAAAGAGUCCUUUACGUUGCUACAGUUGGCUACACAUGGUGUCAAUGUUCUGUUGGACUAUUUAGCUGUACACUCCAAACUAGAGUUUGUGGCUGUUGUUACAUUUUCAUCCACUUGUGAUGUACUAUGUUCAUUUACCCGUGAUUAUGACUUGAUUAAAUCAAAAAUCACUCAAUUGGAGUUUAGAACUAAGACAUGUUAUCCGCCUGUAAUUCAGACUAUUAAUUAUUUAGUCCAUAGUGAGUGGUCUAACUCGGUUACCUGUCAAGUUAUUAUGAUUACUGAUGGUAAUUGUUAUGAAGGUCUUCGAAAACCAGACAUGACUCCAUUUCUAUUUCCUGGAAAAUUAAUAGUUGUUCCUCUGGAACAAGUGUCAUCACUUUACAAAAAUAAUUAUGACUCUAACAAACUUCCAAAUGGACUUGGAUAUAUAACUUCACCUGAAUUGCCUUUAACUCCAUCAUCUGUAGCAAAAGUGUUUGAAAAAAUUGCUAAAGAAACAUAUGUACCAUAUAGCGCAGUGUUACGAUGUGGUAAUUUAAAGUCAGACGUUCAUUUGAUUCCCCCUCCAAUGUCUUAUACAAAAGCUGCGGAUUUYGAAAUAAUGACUUGUUGCAUUUCAAGUGAACUUAGCAUAAUUGGAUUUCUAGAGUCCUCAAAAGUAGAAUGCCCAGCAACUUUAUCCCGUCAUCUUGUUUUACCUCAACGCAUUUUAGAUGAAUGCUCAGAGACUAAUGAAGCAUCAGCAAAAACUCCAUCUUUCUGUGUGUUAUUACACGGAGCUUUAAAAGUAGAAAACAUGACAGCUGUUUGUCAGUUAAGCUCUAAUUGGUAUGGAUUAUUGGUUAGUUGGGCAGACAAUAAAAAAAAAUCAAAUUUAAUGUUGAUUAUUCUUGAACCUGGAACAAAUGCUAUUCCUUGGUUAGGUGAUAUUCGAAAUCUUACAUUAUCACCAACAGAAUUAAACAAAUCAGAUGUCGAUGAAACACAACCAAUUAAGACUCCUGAUAAACGUAGUUAUAACCAGUCACAAUUGGUGUGGAUUAAAGAAGCUGGUCUUCAAGCAGAUAUUCAAAAAAUUUUAAGACAAGCAAGAAAGAUGCCAGAUAAAAUUCCAAGCUUUUAUAAAGAAUUAAAUCGUAUUCGAAAAGCUGCAAUCGCUUACAGCUUCAAUGACUUAUUAACCAGUAUUGCUGAUUUAUUGGAACUAGAAUGCAGCAAUUUACCAGUUGGUACUCAUCCAGAUUGUGCUCUACAAUUAACCCAUGCUGCUAUAGAAUUGCGAAAACCUCUUGCUAUGGAUCCCAAACUCACAAUUGCUCCUAUAAUCCUAUGACAACAAAAUAUGCUCAGCAUGAACUUUAUUAAAUAACAAAAUAUUUYAAAUUAUAAGUUAUAAGUUAUAACAUAAUGAAUAAUGAUUAAUGUAUGAAUAUCUUAUUGGAUUAUUCACAUCAAAUUAGAUUAUAGAAUUUUGUAUUUUAUAUAUGAGGAAAAAUGUCAAAUAUGUUUUCUUUAAUCUAAAACUAUUUUUGUUUAUGUCAAAUUUAUCAAAGUAAAAAUUAGUAUCAUAAUAACUUGUUGAUUUUCAUAAAAAAAAAAAUAAUAAUAAUAAUAUUGUUCAUACACUAAUGACGGUACCAUGUUCUUAAAUUUUUAGCAUUAUUCACAGACCCUAUUUAAAAYUGGCAAAUACAUGUAAUCAUAUACAUAAAUCAGAUAUUUUUGAUACAGUAAGAGGGGAAUAUCAAUUGAUAACUAAUAAACAUAAUCAAACAAAUAAAUWAUAAUUUGAUACCAAAAUAUUAUGAUUCUUGAUAAAUUGAAGAUACGUGGUAUUAUUUAUAUUGUAUCAAAUUGAACUUUUUUAAUGUUUUAUUAAUAUUAAUAACUUAGUAUGAUGAUAAUAUAAUUUGUUAACAAUUGGUAAUUUACAUGUUAGUUUAU